AUGAGAAGAAUCUGGAACCUUCUCUCCCAUAACAACCCUAACAAACUCUUCCAAUCCGCAUUCUCGAUCCCAACCAACUUCCACGUCACUCCCUUUCGCUCUUACUGCGAUCCAUCGCGCAUUCCCAAUCAAAACCGUCCAGGACCGAUUGUGCAGUACAAGAAUCUCGUUGAUCAAGGGAAGUUGCAGCACGAUUCUUAUCAAGAGAGUGUUGCUACGGAGCUUCAGAAUUUGUUAGCUAGGUUGGAGAAUUAUGAGAGGGAAAUGGAAGAGUAUCAUGUUAAUUUAUCUAAUUGGGAGAAGAAUAGGGAGAAUGAGCGGCAAAGGAUUCUCAUAGAGGAAGUUGAGAAGCAGCAGAACGAGGAGGAUUGGUGGAAGAGGUUGAAUAAUAAAAUCACUGAAAGAUGGACCGCUGGGAAAAGACCCGGUAAUGUGGAGUCAGGAGUAGGAAAAUGGGUGUCAUAUCUUAAACGUGAGAAGAAGCUGGAUUCACUAGUUGGUCGCCGCCCAACUGCUCCUCCAGCUCCCAGAGGACUUUACAUAUAUGGCAAUGUGGGCAGUGGGAAGACAAUGCUGAUGGACAUGUUUUAUAGUGCCACUGAAGGAAUAGUUAAACAUCGAAGAAGGUAUCACUUUCAUGAGGCCAUGCUUAGAAUAAAUGAACAUAUGCACAAGAUAUGGAAAAAACAAAUGGAAGAGAAGCCUUUGCAGUCAGGCAUUGCUGGUUGGAUUAUGAAUCUUCCCUUCGACACUAAAGCUAAAGAGUGGCUGGCUGCAGAAGAAAAAUACAAGCAAGAGGUGCAAAUGAAAAACAUUCUUCCUGCUGUAGCAGAUAAGUUUUUUCUAGACCGAGAUGGGGACAAAAAGGGAGCUAGCAUUUUGUGCUUUGAUGAGAUACAGACUGUUGAUGUAUUUGCUAUUGUGGCUUUAUCUGGAAUUCUAAGCAGAUUGCUGAGUAGUGGAACUAUAAUUGUGGCUACAAGUAAUCGAGCACCAAAGGACUUGAAUGAGGCUGGUAUGGUUCCAGAAAUCUUCCAAACCCUUGUCUCCAAAUUGGAAGAACAUUGUGAUAAGGUGUUGGUUGGCAGUGAAAUUGACUACCGUCGUUUUAUAGCACAGAGAUCAGUAAACCGGGAAAACUAUUUAUGGCCUAUUGAAAGGGAAGCCAUCAAUGAAUUUGAGAAAAAGUGGCUCAAUGCAACAGGCCGAUUUGGAGGAAAAAUAAUCUCCACCACCAUCUCAGUGAUGUUUGGAAGGACUCUUGAGGUUCCUGAAAGCUGCGAAGGAGUUGCCCGCUUUACAUUUGACUAUCUAUGUGGGCGUCCGUUGGGUGCAGCAGAUUAUAUUGCAGUAGCUGACAACUAUCACACCGUUUUCAUAUCUGAUAUUCCAGUGAUGAGUAUGCGCAUUCGUGACAAGGCACGGAGAUUUAUCACUCUUAUUGACGAGUUAUACAAUCACCAUUCUUGUCUAUGUUGCUUGGCAUCCUCUUCGAUCGAUGAAUUAUUUCAAGGAACCGAGGAAGGCACACUUUUUGACUUGGAGAGUUUCCAGUUUGAAACAGAAGCUGAAGGCAGUAAACUUCGCCGUGAUGUCUUAGCAGAAGGCAACGUGGGCUCAGGAGGUACCCCUGUUGGCAUCACAUCCAUACUAUCUGGUCAGGAAGAGAUGUUUACUUUUCAGAGAGCUGUCUCACGCCUGAUUGAAAUGCAAACUCCAUUAUACUUGGAUGGAGUCAGUGAUUUUCAUCCUUAUUUUCAGAGGCAUCAUGAAAAAAAUCAAAUAAAUUGUGACAGCUUACUGUCUGAGUCAUCAUCAAUUUGA